ACCCAAACAUCCCUAUGGAUCCCCACAGCCAGCCGCAGCUCUCCCAAGGCAUGCUCCAGUCAAACCAAUAGACCACAAGACCAUCACUUCUUGGGUAGGGCCAGUGAGUUCUUACACUAGGUGCAUUUGAUACAAGAGGGCUCUGCAGUUCUGUAUUUGACCCAUAUCGGGAGAAAGGUCACCCACCACCCACUUAGUGGUACACUGGGACAAGAGGCUGUUUCUGUCUGUUGCUAUCUGCCAUUCCUAAGCCAUCUAUUGAAACUGCUCAACCAACAGCUCUUCCCAUAAGUUGUAAAAAUGGGUAGAUUCAAAUAUCUUGGUGAGGGGAGAGCUAGAUAAUUGGGGGUUGAUCAGGAAAUAGCCAGUCAGAGGGAGAAUUGUUGACAUUUCGACUGACUUUACUUUGCAUCUCUUUUUAAAGAGCGGUGGGGAAUUUUGGCACAUUGUGUUCAUUUCUUCUCUGGAAGGUCUCCCCCCCCCAAAAAAAAGAAUAAACAGUAGUCUGAAGAUUCAGUAGUAUAUGCUUUUGCUUUGGUGUUCCCUUGUUACUGUUAACCCUUGGUGGCUGGCCUGAUAAAUCAAGACAUUACCUACCCCAAUUAGUUAUCUAAUUCCUUCAGGAACACGAGUUUCAACCCCCAUUCUUCCUUUUCUUUCUCCCAACCGCUGAUUCAUUCAAUCAGCAAGCAUUUAUUAAAAGCUUUAAUUGACAGGCACUGGGGAUACAAAAUACAAUUAAUUAAACAAUUCCAACUUGGGAAGUUGUUUAUAUUCCAAAAGAUAAAACAACAUGUACAUGCAUGUAUGUGUUCAUAUCUGUCUAAACAAACAUGCAUUCACAUACAUAUGGAAAAAUAGAAUACAAAAUAGUUAAAUACAAGUAGUUUAGGGAAGGCAUUAACGUGGGGGGAUCCGUACAUGUACAAGGUGGUGCUUGGGUUGUGUCUUAAAAGAAGAGAGGGAUUCUAAGAGCAGAUAUGAAGAGGAAUUGCAUUCAAGGCCCGAUGGCAGCCAGUGAAAAGAAUGGAGAGAGGUUGUCUUGUUUGAGGAACAGAGAAAAGGUGUCUCCUCAGUUUGAUAAUACAGGAGGCUGGUUGCCAGUCUACCAGAAACAACAUCAGGUGCCUUACAAUCUUCGGAAUCUGGCAAAAGGUUCAAGUCGAAAAGCAACCAAGAAUAGGUUUCCACCUCUGUCCUUUGAGAGUUCAGUGUCUUCCUCCAGUGAAGCUGCUUUGGACAAUCUCUCAGUUAUGGACUUUCCUAUGCAGUGUCCAAAGGACACUGCCAGAAGGCCCUUGAUCCCUCUAUUCAGUCCUCAAAGCUAUAGGGAAUUGUCUUCUCAUGACCUUCAAAAUUCAGGUUAUGUGGUUAUCCCGCCUGAUAUCCAGACCCCAGAGCAGUCCCCUGUGAAGGAUAUUCCCACAGACCAGAGGCAGCCUACGAGAAGGAGCUUCCCCCUCCUAAUGGAUCCUCCCAAGAGCCCAGACCCUAGCCCUGUACUGGUUGCAGACACACCGGAGGAGAAAUAUGGGCUCAAGGUAACUUGGAGACGACGAUACCAACUUCUUACAUGCCUCAGGGAAAAGGGGAAAUUGAGCAUGAGCCAGUUUUUUGUGAAGACAUGAGUGGAACCUUGAAAUAUUGAUUUUUUAUCAAUAACUUGGAUCCAGAAGGGCAGAAAUUUACAUUGCCCCAUGGAUGGUUUUUAUAGUGCUGCUAAUCCAAUUUCUGGCUCUUGAAGAUAUCAAAUCAACAGACUCAAGUGUGAUUUAGGACCCUUGGGGUCCCUCCAGUUGAUUUAAUAGGGAACCAUAUGCCCCAAAAUCAUCAUGUGAACUAAAGCUGAAGUUCCCUAAUGUGUUUUUUGGUGUUGCUAGUUAGUGGCAUAGCAUACACAAACCAUUAUUUUUAUAUUUUUCUUCCUGCUAUUUAUCCAGUUUAAAGAUAAUUCAUAGCACAGGGAAAAUGGUCGUUUAAUAUUUUCAACAAAUUGUAAAUAUGCACUUAAGGGUGGGAAGAUAACUUUUAGAAAGUAUUAAAAAUGUGUACAAAUAAAUGUGGAAAACUAUUAGUGAA